AGUCGAUGUCGAUACGAUAAAUGAAAAUUGAAAUUGAAAUUGAAUGAAGGCACGCUCUUUUGUAUUUUAUAGGUUAUAUUUCAACUCAUAAAUGUUUAUUUUAUAAUUUUUGUAAUAUUUUUAAGAGGAUACAAUUAGAUUCUGUUUACUAUUCCUGAAAUGGAAGGGAUAGAACAGUUAUUGAACCCAGUUCUAGGAAUAUUGAAUAGUGAACAUUUGGAUAAGUACCUGAGCACAUGUCGGGAGCACCUUGCAUUCCAGGGACACAAUAAAAGAGAUGAAGCCCCCAUAAAAACAGUUAAUCAACUGUUGAGUGAUAAUUCAGACAGAUAUGGAGGUUUGACUGUGCUCAGAGUGGUCCUGGAACAAUGCUCCGUAGAUUCUUACACUUGCAAUGCUUGUUCUUGGCUAACAAAUUGUGUCAAAGCCACUAACGAUAAGGAAUCCAACAUUGUAAAUAUUUCUUUCAAUGUUCUUGGAGUGCUUUUACAAAUGGCAACAAAGUUUCCUGAAAUAAAGAAGUUUGCUUCCAACAAUAUUGUGCCGCGAUUCCUGGAACAUACAGCGAGGCCUGUCAACAACCAGACAAUUUCAUCGCUGCUAGAAUGCUUGAAAGUUUGUAUGAAAGAGUACUCGGGUCCAUGUGGUUCUUCGAGAAAGUCGAUAACAAGUCUUCUCUCGAAGCUUGUGAAUGCGGAGUCGGGUCUGCUCUCGCAGGCAUCCAAAUGCUACGCUCUUCUGGCGCAAAUCAAAUGCUCAUCCAAUCCGGGCGUUUCAUACAAUUCUUAUUGGAAAGAGAAUCAACUAAUACUCGUCAAUACAUUGCACUAUCAUAUGGACAGACUAUUCAACAAUGUUCAUGAAAUUCAGGUUUAUCAGAAGCAUGAUACUGGUAAAAAAACGUAUCUUCUUGGUGAACCAACUAGAGAGAAAAGUUCUUCUGUUCUGUUGAAAUACCAACUGACAGAGAAACGCAUAAAGGGCAUCGGCGUGUAUCUUCAGUCAAUGCUGUUGGGAUCGUUUCCCGUUGCGAAACCAGUUCUUCCAGAUGCAAUAAUGGGUGCAAUCUGCCGUGGACUGGCAGUCACGUGUGCAUCUCUUGGUCCAGCUAAGACAGACUCCAUUGCUUUGGGAUCUGUCUUGCCACAAGUUCACAUUCAUCUUCUCAAUCUCAUGAUGGAUCUCAUUUCGCUAUGUGGGAGAAAUAUGAUUCCUUACGGUACGGUGAUUUGUAAAUUGAUAGCCCAAGAACUCAAGUGGACAACAUCCACUGAUUGGCCCUACGCUAUGGACAAACCCUUCAGGAAACUAAGGGCAGUUGUGUACAAAGCUCUUCGCUGUUGGCUCUCUGUAGGCAGAUCAGCCUCAUCGCUGGAAACCACCUUGAAAGAAAUAAUAGCUGCUAUUUUACUCGAUGCUAAGGUUGAGAAGCAGAAAGUGACACUCAAGGUAAUGAAAGGACAAGGAUCGAGUCAUGGCACCGAUUACGGCACCGAGUCAAGAAGUGAAAAGUUGGCGGCAGACCUUGCCAACGAAGACUUGUGCCUGCAAUCACUCAAGUGCCUCCAGUCGAUCUUGUCUUCGUAUUCAGCAAAACUCGAAACUGACACUUGCAAGACUAUUCAAGAAACUGUUAUCGAGCUGUUGUAUGGCGUUCAAAAUGCACACGAGUCACCUCCCGUGCCAUACAGAAGCACAGCUUGCCGCAGACAGCUCUACAAUAAUGUGAUCAGCCUCUGCUUGGAGCCUCACCACCAAUUCCCUCCACCUGUCACGUUCGCUGUUGCUCUCCUCAACACAGGACUCUCUGAUCCAGCAUCCGAGGUCUCAACUCUGUGUAUGUCCGGACUGAGCAGCAUAGAAAAAAUAAUACAUCCUUCCGGUCCUCCCUUACCUGGAGUAGUACAUCAACAGGGCGCAUCCCUGAAUCUGCAGUCAAACCAAGUAUCAACAGAGCCACUAAACACAUUCACUUAUCGCAUUCCUACAACCAAUGCAAGUAGCCAAUCCACCACAAGUGUUGCAGGUCCCUCUGCUGACAAUUAUCCACUAAGUACCAACGAUUCAGUAGACUCUGCUAAAAGUAAGGCUAUCAAUGAAUCUGUUGAAAAAGGAAGUGUUGAAGUGAAUGUGGAAAAUGAAGAUAUAGUUGAUGAGCCAAGUUCCAGUAAUUUGGUAGAAGAGGAUUCUCCAAAUGAUGUACAAGUAGGAAAUCAGAGUUGUUCGCUUCUACAAACCAGUAAUACAGUAAAUGAGAACUCUCCAUCUGAUGUAGAAGAGCAGAGCAUUUCACUUCUACUCACUAACAUAUCAGAAUCUGAAGAAACUGCAAUAGUUGAAAGUUUUGAUUCCCAAUCUAUUUCUACUCGAAAUGAAGAAAUAGUGCCGAGUGAUACUGAUGAUCUUUCUUCAAAUGUUGAAUCGAGUAAAACAAGUACUGAAAUAAUAAAAGGUCCUAUGAAACGACCUAUUGAAAAAGACGUCGAAAGUUCGAAUGAAUAUUCAAUUGACGAAUCUGCGAAGAAGCAAAAAACAUUACCUGUUGUGAAUGGUAGCAAUUAUGAAGAAGAUAAUGGCUCUGUCGGUUUGACCAAAGUGAAUGGUGUUAGUGAUUCUGUUAAAAAUUUGACUAAUGAUUUUGUGGAGGAAUCUGUACUAAAUGAUGAAGAAAUGAUGAGCUGUUUUGUUGAUGAAGUGACUUGGGAUAAAAAUUAAAUUCUUCUAUUUUUAAAAA